GACAGAUGGACUAACCCAUGUAACAGUCCCCCCUCCUCUCUAAUCUCCCUGGGUAAAGAGAAAGCAGGCUAUCGGGCAUCCAGCCUCGAUCACUCGCUCUACUGGCACCGUUCACUGCCAUCAGCCAGUUGACAGGAUACUGUUCAUUUUGGGUUCACUAUGCUUAGAAGGAUGAAUGUGUGCACAGCGGGGGAUCUUCUGUGCCCUGAGAACCAAUGCUGACUCUUGGGAGAAGUUAACAGGAUCACAGGCCUUAAGAAGAAGUCUGGGGAAUCUUCUAGACCUCUCUGUACUAACUUAAAUUAUCAUAUUUUCAAACAUCACCAACUGGUCUUUGGAAUUCUUUGAUUAGGUUUUUGUAGAGUUGAUCACACAAGUAGCCAUGGCGACUGCUCAGGUGAUAACCCGCAAAGGUGUCUACAACUACUUCCUCAACAUGGUGGCCUACCAGAUAUGUUGCUGCUGUGGUCCCGCUCCGUGCUCGCUAUGCUGCUCCUUCUGUCCACCCAUCAAGUCCUCCACCAGCACCCGAUUGAUGUACACUCUGUUCCACAUCCUGGCCUGCACCGUGUCAUGCCUCAUGCUGUCUCGUACUGUCUCUGAGGCCGUGAGAGAAAAUGUGCCUUUCUUUAAUGUGAUUUGUGAUGAGGCCCAUGGUGGAGGAAACUGUGAGAUGUUGGUCGGAUACUCUGCAGUCUACAGGGUCUGCUUUGGCACAGCUUGCUUCUACCUGAUGAUGGCCCUUCUUCUCGUGGAUGUGAAGUCCAGCCAGGAUUUCAGAGCUCUCAUCCACAAUGGAUUCUGGUUCUUGAAGUUCGUUUUACUCCUCGGGAUGGUCGCAGCUGCCUUCUUCAUCCCCACUGAUUCCUUCCUGCAUGCCUGGCACUAUGUUGGAGUGGUGGGAGGUUUUUCCUUCAUCCUCAUUCAGCUCAUCCUCAUCACUGCUUUCGCUCACACUUGGAAUAAGAACUGGUUAACUGGCGCAGCUGAAGAUAAGAAGUGGUAUGUGGCGGUCAUGUGUGCCACCUUCUUUUUCUACGUUGUCGCCACUGCAGCUUUUACCUUCAUGUACAAGUACUACACACACCCGGCUGCUUGCCGUCUCAACAAAGCACUGCUGUUUACCAACCUGGGCCUGUGCACAGUCAUGUCCUUCAUCGCUGUCACCCCCUGCGUCCAGCAAAAACAGCCACGCUCAGGACUGUUGCAGGCCUCCAUCAUCAGCUGCUACGUCAUGUACCUGACCUUCUCUGCACUGUCCAGCCGUCCACCUGAGAAAGUGGAGUACCAGGGUGUCAACGUGACUGCUUGCUAUCCUAACGUGGGCAGGGACGAGAUUCAGAAUGAAGGAAAUGCUGUUGCUAUCAUCGGUGCUGCCAUUAUGUACUGCUGUGUGCUGUUUGCAUGUAAUGAGGCUUCUUACUUGGCUGAAGUUUUUGGACCAUUCUGGAUGAUUAAAGUUUAUCGAUAUGAGUUCCAGAAAGCCACGUGUUGUUUCUGCUGCCCCGAACAAGAGGAGGCAAAGGAGGAGUUUGUAAUUGACGACGAGAGCAAAGGGUGCCAGAAAGUGAUCCAUAACGAGAGUCACCGUGUGGUCUACAGCUACUUCUUCUUCCAUUUUGUCUUCUUCCUAGCAUCCCUGUAUGUCAUGAUGACCCUCACCAAUUGGUUCAGCUAUGAGACAGCAGUGUUGGAGACCACUUUCACCCAUGGCAGCUACUCCACCUUCUAUGUGAAGCUCUCCUCAUGCUGGGCCUGCGUUCUGCUUUACCUCUGGCUCCUCUUGGGCCCGCUGUGCCGCUGCCACCCUGAUCCCAAACAGCCACAGCGCUCACGAAUCAAAAGACGAAUGGCUUCCCAGUGCCACGUGAGCGUCAGCGUGUGACCUUUUCUCAGAUCCCACGGUGUCACAGGGUGCAGCUGAGAAAGAGCCCUUAUCUUAUCAAGAACUGGGCGAGUCCAGGACUCUGAGCACCGAGCAAGAAAUUUUACUACAAGCAUUCUGAUGCUUCAUAAGCACAGCUGGACUCCUAGAAGCAUAAAGAUGAGGCUUGAACAAUCUAUAUGUUUACGAUUAUGACGACCGAGCAGUCGCCGAUAUUGCCAAAAGGAUUACAAAGGUGAACAAGAUAGCUGUCCCUUUUUUAGAUAGGAAUAAUGUCAGCUUUAGACACAUCCUCUAGCGGACUGCUGUUUAGAAGAAAUUAGAUCAGAUGAUAACUGGAUUAGAUCUGUUUAAAAGAACUUUAUGUAGAGUUUUAUUUUAAAAAUGUCAAUAACUAUUUAUGUGAAUUAUGAGCCGUCCUGUUACUUGUCAGUGCUGUUGCUCAGUGAUCUGUUGCUGGCACAUAAGGCAGCCAUAUGCUGCAGGGGAUGGGUCCAUCCGGUUCCUGGCUGUAGUGUGAAUGAAAGCUUUGAACUGUAAUAAUUUUACUAGACCAACCCAACCCUAAUUACAAACUUAAUUCGGAGCAUUUUAUGUCACUGUCAUGGAAAAACAAGCUAUUUUUGUAAAUAUAUUUCUAACAAACCACACAUAAUAAGCUGUUUCUGUGCAGUUAUUCAUGGAAAAGGGAAGCGGAAAUGCCUUUAUAGGAAAAAAGUAGUACUUGUAAAGUGCUUGUAAAGUGCUUAAACUGUAAUUUACCUGUGUAGCACUUCUGAAUAAUUUUCCAAAUAUGCUUGCUUUCCUUCUAAAUGUCAAUUCACACUGUUUUUUUUUUUUCAUGAAAACACAUGCCAUGUGCCACAGAUACUCAGAUUCUAUUUUACUAAGAGUUUCAGUCUUUCUCCAUUAGAUUACGAUUUUAUGGGCUUAAAAAAGGAGCCCAUAAGUUUUGCUGCAUUUGUUUUUUGCACCGCCACCAUGUUUGGGCCAGAUGACCAUGGCAGUCAUGAAAUAAUCCUUCCAGUCACAUCCAUGAUACAGAUUAGUGCCAAAUUCAGGUCAAGCUGUUGUUGAUGGCACUGAACAUUCUUGUCAACAGACUCAAGACACAUACUGGGCACAUGAGCUGUAUGUAAGAACCCAGUUUCCUUCCAAGUUACCAAUGAAGACAUGAACAAACAUGUCAUUAGAUGGUUUAAUCUUACUUCAGACCGGGGAGGUGGUCGUAAAAUAUAGAGAAUUCAUGCCAGCUGGAAUCUGUCAUGUUUUUCAUUAGUGACAUGAAAAGGGCAACAUGCCACACCAGAAAAGCAGAACCUUCAUUGCAUUGCAUUUAUAUCGCUUUAUCUCUUCAGUGAAAAACAAUCAGAAGGGGAUUGCUUUUUUAAGAAGUAAAAGCUGACUGAACGUAAUUCCCUGUUGCAUUGCACUUCACUUUCAUCUGUGUUGUAGUUAUGCCACACUGAAAUGCAAUUACUGUUCAAUUACAGCCCUAAGCUGUACUUGGGGGAGUGGUUGUAAUCAGAGAAAGGGCCUGAAAUCAUCAUUUCCAGGAGGUGUUGCAUUCCAAAGAAACAAAAAAACGCCCUUUAGUAAAGAGUGUUUACCAUUGCUGUGCUUAUGAGCGUUACCGUGCAGCUCAUGACCAUUCAGCUAAAGACAAGAGUAGUGUUGAACGGUAGGGGUAGUUUGCUCCUAAAUACUGUACUGAAAGCAUAAUUCUGCAUUAUGAACUUUCAUUUAGAAACAUUAUAUAGUUAUAUAUGUAGGAUUUAGCAGUGAGGUCAAUAUAUUUGUGAGUUUGAACCUCUUUUGAACUUGGUCUGUGCCACAUUUGUCCCAGAUAUUAAAAAUAGCAGUUGGACAUGUCCCAGCUUAGGGCCAGGUGUAACAAUAUUCUCUGUAGACCUAGGCUUGUUCUAAAUACGUUUUAGCACAUAUCUGUUCUAAAUACGUUUUAGCACAUAUACAACAGGUUGGGCCGUUGGGCAAAAAGACACCCGGCCCACUGUGGUAUGUUGAUCUGGAGUGGAUCCACUACAUAUGGCCUUAAGCUGGUGCAGUU